AAACUUUUAGCGGGGGCUGUGUGUGGCGGCCAUGACGUCGUUGAGCCUUGCCACCUCGCUUCAUCUCGCGUUGUUUGGGCAGCGGUGCCCCGCUGCUCGUCGACCUCGAUCGGUAGCUGCGCGGGCGCCGCCGCCGCAGAGCCACCGCUUUCGCCGCCAGCCUCAGCUGUCGCUGCAGCCGCCGCGCGCGGGGCGGACUGCCGGCUCGCACGCCGGGCGCCGCGCCGCCGCGGGAGUGCUGGAGCGGCGUCAGAAGCAUGCGCAGGAGGACAGGGCGACGGCGAUCAGAGAGCGGCUCCUGGGCGCCGAGGCGCCGCCGCCCUCGGCGUACGACACGGCGUGGGUCGCGAUGGUGCCGGCGCCGGCGGGGUCCGGGUCCCCUCCUGCGCCGCGCUACCCGGGGUGCGUGGACUGGAUCCUGCGGAACCAGCGACGGGACGACGGGUCGUGGGGGCCCGGCGACCCCUCGCUGCGCAAGGACGCGCUCUCGUCCACGCUGGCGUGCGUGCUCGCCCUCCGGAAGUGGGGCGCCGGCGGCGACGCCGUCGAGAGAGGGCUCCGUUUCAUCGGGCGCAACUGGUCCUGCGUGACGGACGGCAGCUGCGACGCGCCGGCCGGGUUCGGCGUCAUCUUCCCCGGCAUGGUCGCGCACGCCAUCAGCAUGGGGCUGGAGAUCCCCCUGGUCCCCCAAGCCGACGUCGACGCCGUCCUGCGGCUGCGCUACAGUGAGCUCAUCAGAGGAAUGGCUGCUUCUGGAGGUAGCCAAGCUUUCAUGGCCUACAUGGCAGAAGGUUUGGGGGACUUACUGGACUGGGACCAGGCGGCGGCGGCCUACCAGAGGAAGAACGGGUCCUUCUUCGACUCGCCGGCCGCGACGGCGGCCGCCGCGAUCCACAGCCACAACGACCGAGCGCUCGACUACUUGGACUCGGUCGUCGGCGAGUUCGGCAGCGCAGUGCCCACCGUGUAUCCUCGGAGCGCCUACUCCCGGCUUCGCAUGGUGGACACUCUGGAGAAGAUGGGCAUCUCAAGGAGCUUCUUGUCAGAGAUAAACACCACACUCGACAUGAUAUACAGGUCCUGGCUCGCUAACGAUGAGGAGAUCAUGCUGGACAUGGCGACAUGCGCGAUGGCGUUCCGCCUCCUGCGUUUGCAUGGAUACGAUGUCUCCUCCGAUGGGUUGGCCCAAUUCAGCAACGAGUCCAGUUUCCAUGGUUCAAUCCAGGGCCAUCUCAACGACACCGAGGCGUUGCUAGAGCUGCUGAAAGCCUCGCACGUCCAGAUCACGGACGACGAGCUGGUCCUGGAGAGCAUCGGCUCCUGGUCGUCCCAGCUCCUGAAGCAACAGCUGUGUUCCGGCAGGAUAUCCAGACAUGUUGACCCUGCUGAGGUUGAACAUGUGCUCAAAUUUCCCUUUUACUCCAACGUGGACCGGCUAGAGCACAGGUGGAACAUCGAACACUUCAAGAAGCAGAACUUCCAGAAGCUGAAGUCGGAAUACCGCACUUGUGACGCAGAUGAAGAAAUUAUGUCGCUAGCUGUGGAUGAGUUCCACUCUUGUCAGGCUGCUUACCAAGAAGAGCUUCGGUGCAUCGAGAGGUGGGUGAAAGAAGUGAGGCUCGACGAGCUGGACUACGCGAGAGUGAUGCCGCUGAUCUGCCUGCUUCCGUCCGCUUCCACCAUGUUCCCCGCCGAGCUGUCCGAGGCUCGCAUCGUGGCAGCCAAGACCAACAUCCUGGCAACCAUCGUCGACGACCUCUUCGACGUCGGGGAGUCGAGGGAGGAGAUGGAGAACCUCGUCACCUUGAUCGAGAUGUGGGAUGCGUACGAACGAGUUGGCUUCUUCUCGGAGCGUGUGGAGAUCGUCUUCCGCGCCGUCUACGACACGAGCAACGACAUCGCGGUGAGGGCCGCGGCGGUGCAGAACCGCAACAUCAUCCACCACAUCGCCGAACGGUGGGCGGAGUUGGCUAGGGUCAUGAUGGUGGAGGCGGAGUGGCGAAUGAGCGGGCGCCGCCCAUCCUCCUGUGCCGUGGCUGCCGACGCCGCACGGCUGGCAGCUCUUAUAUGA